AUGGCCGACCUCAUUUCCGAUAUAUCCUCGGCAGCAGCUGGAAUAACCACUAAUCCUGCAUCUUCCACAGCCGACGUCUCCACAUCCGACGCAGCCACCACCUCCCAAGCCGCCAGUACCUCUGCAAUAGCCUCUUCCUCUGCCGCCCAAUCAUCGACUGUCCAAUCCUCCGCCCAGACCACCUCCGAGCCCGCCACCAGCAGCGCCGUUCCCACGACCUCUGACGGGGGUGACUCGGGGACGAGUCAGACAAGUCAAACAGGGUCCGCUUCCCCGUCUUCGUCGCCUAGUGCGUCUACGUCUGACGGGGGCGAUGGAGCGACGACCUCUCAGGCUCAAACAAGCAACGGUGCGACGACGAGCCAGGGCGCGAGCGCCAGCGCGAGUGCGAGUGGCACUUCGGCCAGCCCCAGCGCCUCGGGCGACUCCACGACUGUCGUCUCAAGUGGGGGCGGGAUGGUCACGUCUACUGUCCCUGCCUCGGCAUCUUCAUCGUCUGGGGUUGCGACCACGACUGGGUCUGAUGGCAGAAGCACAGUAUACAUCACCAUGACCAACAGCGAUGGCGUCGUGACUGUCUCGCCUACUGCGACCGUCGACAGUGGAUCAUCGGGAAGCUCAUCAAGUGGCUCAUCUAAUCACACUGGUGCCAUUGUUGGCGGUGUCGUCGGUGGUGUCGCUGGUCUUGCACUCCUUGCUAUUCUACUGUGGUUCCUUCUCAGAAGGAAGAGGUCUCGCCGCGAUGACUUUGACGACAUGAUGUUUGACCCCGGACGGCCCGAAAACCAGGCUCCUAUUGACCUUGGUCCCGACGGUGGCGCUCCCACUGUCGAACCCUACUAUGCUCCGGGCGUUGCUUCCACCGCUGCCUCUCCUGAAAUGGCGCAAUACCCCCGUUCUGCUGCUACGACCUCUGACGGUGGCUACGGCGCCGUGUCUUCGGGUGGACCCUCUACCGCUGGCUUUGCAGGCCGUGGCGCUGGCGGAUACGAUUACAACAUGGAACCGAUGCCUAUGCCCUCUGCUAAUCCCACUGGUGUCGAGUCGCCCGCCGCCGGUCUUGGCACAAUGGGCGCCAAGCAGAGAGAGGCGCAGCAAGAAGCAAACAGGUAUCACGUGCAGAAUCAAGGGUACCAAGGUGUACCCGGCUCCUCUGGGCCUAUGAGUCCUACAACGACGGACAGGACUGGGGUGACGGUGCAUCAGGAUGGUGGUGCGGUGGAGGACGAGUACAGCAGUGAAAUUCCGCCGACGUAA